UUUACUUGGAUGUCCCACAGUCCUUUGCGAUUAAAGAUGGCGUCGAUAAACAAAAGUUGUCGAAGUUGUUCGUUAUUCUCGUGAAGAAGUGGACAAUUUAAGGCACAAUGGGGAAUUACAUGGGGUACGGGAGCGCGGAGAGGGAGGACACCGCUCCGGGGAAGAGGAAAAGAGAUGACAAGGAAGACGAGCUGGAAUCAGAAGACCUGGAAGAACUGAAACUGGAGACACCAAAACGGAAGAAGAUGAAGAACACAGCAGAGUACAUCUAUGAGACGUUGUUCCUGCAUGGAGAGAACAGUGACAUCAGGAUCAUCGCUCUGGGCAGGGAGUGGCCACUGCACAAGAUCUACCUGUGUCAGUCUGGGUUCUUCUCCAGUAUGUUCAGUGGUUCCUGGAAGGAGUCUAACCUGUCUGAAGUCACCCUCAACAUUCCUGAUGACAACAUAGACGAGGAAGCGCUGCAGAUAGCGUUUGGUUCUCUGUACAGGGAUGACGUGCUGAUCAAACCAUCCAGGGUGGUGUCUGUACUGGCAGCCGCCUCACUACUACAGCUGGAUGGACUGAUCCAGCAGUGUGCCGACAUUAUGAAGGAGACUAUCAGUUCCAAGACGGUGUGUUCGUACCACCAGGCUGCCAUGAUGUAUGGUCAGGGGGAGGUCACUAACAGAUGUCUGGACUGGUUGGAGAAGAACUUGAUGGCCCAGCAGAGCAUCCCACUCCUCAAGGAGCUUAGUGUUGACUUGAUGGAGAAGCUGGUGCGCUCCCCCAGCCUGUUUGUCAUGCAGGUAGAGAUGGACGUGUACACCAUGCUCAAAAAGUGGUCCUUCCUGAAGCUGCACCCAGACUGGAACCUGCCAAUCAAACAACUCAUGUCUGAGACAGACCAGUAUUUUAUUGGCAGAAACACAGAUACAGCUGAUCCUGUCAGCUUCUUCCUGGAAUCUGGGGAGGGUCGACAGUUUGUGAGCGUGUUCCAGAACAUCCGACUCAAACACAUCAUCAACGACCUGAUGUCAACUAAGGUCAUCAGCCGGGACAAGAUCAUUCCUAUAGGUUGGAUGUUACCAGUGUUCCAGCAACAGUGGCUGGCUAUGCUCUGUAUUGAGCAGGACACCAACCAGAGUGCCCUUAAUGACAUCUCAGAAGUGGACUUCAACAGACACUGUAUGAGAUGUGGGAGGAAACUGCCCAAAGAUGGGGAGUACUGUUGGAGGUGGACUGGUUUUAACUAUGGUCUGGACCUUCUAGUGACGUACACAAACGGGCUUCUGUUCCUGAGAAGAAACACGACCAACCGACCGUGUGCCACGUCAGUCAGCCUACAGGCUCAGAGACAAGUCUUUGCCAGGGUGUCCGUGGUGUCCUAUGAUACCAGUGGGGAACUGAAGUAUGAGAAACAUACCAAGAUGACCAAACUCUCUCUUGGCAAAGAUGAGGAAACCUUACUGAUGACUGUGGACCGCCAGGCCACAUUUCCCCUCCAUGUCAGUGUCAACUUCCUCUACGUUCCCCCUCCCCCGUCACAAAGUGGUACGUCCCAAACAAAAGACCCACCCAGCCCUGCAGCCAAUCAGGACAGACAUGUAGAAGGCAGCUUGUAGUAGAAGAGUUUCUAUUGGAUAUGGGUUAUUCCAUUUUGAAAUAUCAAGGGGUAUCAUUUUUUCAUUUCAAGACGCUAGAGUUUUGCAGCC